AUGGCGGACUAUAACACCCCCCCGGAGCUCGCUGGCCAACAGCCGCAUCCAUACCUGCACGAACCGCUGCUGUACAUUACAGACCUGCCGGCGUAUGUUAGAGAUGAGGACUUGGCGGCUGUCUUACAACACUGCGCCCCGUUCAGACCACUCAUCCCUCGAGACGGCUCGAACAGACCGCUGUCGGGCACGAUCGAGUUCAAGUACAUGGAGAAAGCUGAAAAGGCACUCGCGACGCUACACUCACGUCCGAUCCCUGGCCUGCAGCCGCCUGUGUCCCUCAUGUUGUCGCCUUACCCGUCCACGACGCCACCGACGCCGCUCCCUCCUCCGUCCGCCUCACCGCGGCUGGUGAAGCAUCUGCCGUCGGGGUACACGGACUCGCAGCUGUACGACCUCUUCCGGCCGUUCGGCGCGCUCGCGUCCGUGCGCAUCCAAGCCGGGUUCGGGAAGGACACCGGGGUGGUGGAGUUCUGGAGAGAAGAAGAUGCGCGGGAGGCGGAGGAAGCGAUGCACUGCGCUGACGUGGAGGGCCAGAACAUCGCGGUACAGAUAUACCAGCCACGGCGGGCUGGUGCUACGAUCUCGGACUUCAGUCCCACUGCACCCGUGUUCGUGCCCACAGGGUCGGUGUUUCCGUACCCGACUCAGUACUCGCCGCCACGUUCUUCGCCGUUCCAGAGCCGACAAGCGGUGUUCCUUCACGGACCAGGACAGCAGGUGCAGCUGGCACCACUGUCGGGACCCGGAUCGACGAGUCACAGCGGACUGAUCGAUCCGUGCAAUUUGUUCAUUAAAAAUUUGGACACGUCGAUCGACUCAAACGGUCUGUUCACUCAUUUCCGACAGUUCGGUCAGAUCGUCAGCGCGAGGGUGAUGCGAAACGAGAAUGGCGAGAGUCGCGGAUUCGGCUUUGUCUCUUACCAAACACCUGAUCAAGCCGCGGCUGCUAUGCACUCAAUGAACGGUAUGGUGUUAGGGAUAAAACAGCUCGUGGUGCGACUGCACGAGCCGAAGCAGCUGCGGCAAGAGAAGUUGGCGCAGCGUUUUGCGGGGCACAACGGGCAUCCGAGAAGCAGCAGCGGUGCGACCAGUCCUACCGCGAGCGAAGCUGGGGAGAGCUAUGCGGGUUGGCCGAGUCCAAGCCGUCGCUCUGCGCCAUUGGGGUCGCCCAUGAUAGGCCAUAGCGAACGCACAGACAGGGCGCGGAGGAGCUCAGGCAGUUACUACCACGCGGCGUUGACGGGCACGCUGAACCUCCCCAUGCGCUACGACGACCUAUCAGCGCUGUCCCCCGUCGUGCGCAAGGAGGUUCUCUCGGGUGAUCUGAGCCGCCGCAUACGGAGCAUGGACAAUGUCCCUGCUGAAGAGCUUGAAGCGAUUGUGGAUACCAUUGUCAAUAUGUCGCUGAGUGACGUGGUGCUGGGCAUUCAAGACCCAACGAAAUUGGCCGAGCAAGUUGAGACCGCCAAGGCUGCACUUCAUGGGCCGUCUCCUGCAAAGUCACCAUCACCCUCACCCGCGGCUUCGCAAAAUUCUAGCUCGUUGGAUCCUACUGUGAACGCGACGGCAUCGGCCCCGGACCAUCCUUCGACGCCACUCUCGAUGCCAGCCACUUUGUCUACUCCCCCGCGGACGGAGUCACCUUCUGGCUCCGUCGCACCUACCUCAGAGAGGGACCGCAUGGCAGCGGCUGUCAGUAAACUGGAGUCUACACAAGCGGCGGAGCUCACCGAGCUAUUGAUGAGUCUCCCCAAGCGCGAGCGCGCCAUGUGCUUGUUCAACGUAGAGGUGUUGAGAGCUAAGAUUGCAGACGCGAAGCUGGUACUGGAGGUGGACGACGGGGAAGUGGUGCAGACUCCCGCGAAGACUGUUCCGGAGUUACCUGUCACGCCGCAGGCGAGGAAAAUAUCGACUUCUCUCACUGAGUCGCCUCAAACUCCUGACUUGUCAUCCCGUGGGCCGUCUGCAACUGCUUCUCCCACUCCAGCGACGCCUAACGCGCCGACCUCGAUGGUGCACACAAUUGCAUCUCUUGCACGCCUUCCUGCAUCGGAAAUCAUCAAGUUGGCUAACUCCUCAUCUGCCACUGGAUUGCCCCUACCAAAGGCAGAUCCACUCGUAGUUAAGGCCACGGAUGAGUUUAUUGACGGCUUGAUGGAUAAGACUAUCCAGUUUCGCAAGCAGCAAUUGGGUGAUAAGCUAUUCCGUGUGGUCAAGGCGUUUGGAAUCAAAGGAGCGCCCAAAAUUACGAUUACUCUACUUGAUCAAGAUGACCUGCGCUCUCUAGCACAUCUGAUGAAUAGCUAUCCGUCAGUCCUCAAGGAGAAAGCUCACCUCGUCCAGGCUGCAAAUGGCAAGUAA